CGCCACUCAUGUCGCCGCGGUGCCUCUGUUUACCUCCGGACGCGGCAGAGAGCGGACGCACGCCUCUCGCACCUCCCACAUGUUGUGAGUGCCACGCGGCUACGCAUUCAUUCACUAGCUCUCAGCACGGCCAGUUGACCCUCAGCAUCGCGUUCUCACACUCUUCUCAGCUGCCGAGGGGCGCGCUAAGUCUAAGGAAUAGGUAGCUGAAGAAGAAGUAAAAGCCUACUACUACUACUACUACUACUACUACUACUACUACUACUGUACUCUCAAGAUGGACUCCAGCGCCCCGCAAUCGCCUCUUGAUCAACCGCCGGAUACUCACUCCAAGUCUCUUCUCCUGCACCUCGACGGAACACUCGCCGAGCCCCGCCAGCCCAGGAAAGCUAAGGGUGAUGGCGGCAGCGAGGAAGAGGCGGCGAGCUGUUGGCAGGUUCGCUACACCUUCGCUCUUCUCGCCCUGGUUGGGAUUGCUCUGAUGUACGCCAUGCGAGUUGUUCUCUCCAUCGCUAUCGUGGCUAUGGUGGGCUCCAGGGAACAUCACGAGGGCGAGGAGAACGGCAACCACACCGCCGAGCCUCAGGACUUGACUAACGUUUGCGCCAACACGCGACAUCCCACCAAUGGAACCUCUCCCUCCUCUGACAUGGAGGGCGAGUUUGACUGGGACGAGACGGUACAAGGGCUGAUCCUUGGCUCCUUCUUCUGGGGCUACGCGUUCACCAACAUUCCGGGCGGACGGGCGGCUGAGUACCUCGGCGGCAAACUGGUCUUCGGUCUCGGGAUCGUGGCCUCAGCCUUCCUCACGCUCGUCACCCCCGUCAGCGCCAGAGCCUCCACCGAGCUCCUCAUCGCCGUCAGAUUCGUGUGUGGCACCGUGCAGGGCAUCGUUUUCCCCGCCAUCAACUCCAUGAUCGCCUCGUGGGUGCCGCCGCUGGAGAGGAGCAGGUACAACACCAUCAUCUACUCAGGGUUCCCUCUCGGCACCGUUCUCUCCCUCCCCAUCGGCGGGUGGUUGUGCUCCUCUGACUUCCUGGGUGGCUGGCCCUCCGCCUUCUACCUCUUCGGCAGCCUGAGCGUGGUGUGGGGCAUCGCCUGGUUCCUUCUGAUACACGACCGCCCCGAGACCCACCCGAGGAUCUCCUCCCAGGAACUCAACCACAUCCAGUCCUUCCUAGGGAACAUUAAGAGUCCUGUGGUGGUUGCCCUACCGAAGAAGGAGAUCUUCCUCUCCCUCCCGUUCUGGGGCCUCACGCUCGGCGCUCUCGGCUACGACUUUGGCUUCUACACCCUGCUCACUGAACUGCCCACCUACCUCAAGAACAUCCAGCACUUUGAUAUGAGCGAGAACGGCCUGAUGUCCUCGCUGCCCUUCCUUGUGAUGUGGCUGUGGGGCUACGUGUGGGGCUCCAUCAUGGACAGACUCACAGUGGCAAACAAGAUGUCUCUCCUCUCCAUCCGCAGACUCUCAAUGGCCAUGGCUCUGUAUGGCCCCAUGCUUGGCCUGAUGCUGAUGUGCUUCGUCAACUGCAACACCGCGCUCGCCAUGAUGGUCCUGUGCAUCUCGGUGGGCCUGAGCGGAAGUGCCAACUGCGGCUUCCUCUGCUCACACCAGGAACUCGCUCCCAACUUUGCCGGAACACUGCUGGGCAUCACCAACUCCCUGGGCUCCGUGGCCGGGGUGUUGGCGCCAAUCAUCACCGGCAGCAUCACCGAGGGCAACCAAACCCUGAGUGCGUGGCGGACGGUGUUCCUCAUCACGGUGGGCGUCUACUUCAUCACCUGCACCAUCUACAUCAUCUUCAUCAGCGACAAGGUGCAGCCCUGGAACGGCCCGAGGUCUGGGAAAGCUGAACAUCGUAAUGGAGACCUAGACACUGCCGCGGCCCUGCUGGUGGAUGACCCCAAGGCCCAGUGCAAGGCCUGAACACCCGCCGGCGAUGACCAGGGACUCAAGAAGGCAUAUGAAAACCACUGAUAUUGAAGGACGCACACACACGGCGCUCAGGAGUUACAGGGACAUAAAUAACGACCAGGGAAGCAAGGGAGACACACUGCAUUGCUCUGGGACAUUAAACCACAGUGACCAGAACGACUGAAAAUGAAUCAAGGCACCCAAGAAAGAGAAGAGGGAUGACACGGCACUCAGGAGCAAGAAAAGCUAUAAUAUGGUGACCCAGAAAGCAGAUAUGUCAAGUUGAGACGUUCUUAGGCCGGUGGACACAUGGAACAAUAAAAGCAGCCCGACGCACAGGGACGACAUGAGACAGGAAGACCAGAAACACCCUGAAACAAAUAGCCACGCACAGCAACGAGAAGCGCCCCUGUUUAGUAUAGGAGACACUUCUACGUGAUCCCAGGGGCGUUGGAAAAGGCUCAAACCAGUCUUCCUCAUACUCAUCAAUCAUACUCAUCCAUGUCCCGCUGCUGGCAUUACAUAAACUGACCGUGUAGCUCCCUUUCGGCAGCUGUUGUACCUCCUGCGCCUGUGUACGUGUGGCGUCUCUCUAACAGCGUGAAAAGAGAGACCCUUCUGAAUGUAUGUGGGAAGAGGAAGAUAGGGAGAGAGGUGGCGGAGGAAGAGGGUAUAUAAGAAUGAGUAUGGGAACAAAAGGAGAGGAUAGGGAGAGAGAUGAUGGAGGAAGAAGGUAUAUAAGAAUGAGUUGGAACAAAGGGAGAGAGAUGAUGGUGGAAGGUAUAUAAGAAUUAAUGAGUAUGAAAGGGAGAGAGAUGGUGGAGGAAAAGGGUUUAUAAGAAUGAGUAUAGGAAGAAGGGAGAUUAGAGUAUGUAUGGGAAGGUGAACAAUUGUUAAGGAUGAAUGUGAAAAAAUAUUGUAAGCUUUGAAAUGCGCAGAGAAAGAAACUCCCCCAAUCUUCUGGAUAGCGAAAUACUUCAGAAAACAGUAAUUUUAGGCAUGUCUUGUUACUCUUCAUGUGCUCAAACGAUUGAAAAAUUGAUGUAUACAUUUAUAAAUAAGGGUGAAUCUCAUGUAUUGUAUAUGUAUUAGUAAGGGGGAAAUAAUAUAGAAGAAAAAUUGAUUGAAAAUUUAUAACAGUCUAGCUUGUUCACGUCAUCUCAUUGUUAGUUUAUUCAGAGGUGCUGAGUUUUUUUUGUCUACACACGCAUAACGCAACAUCAAGUGUGUGUUUGCCAAAGAAUACUGUCAUCUCCGAACACUUCUAACUACAUAACUAUUGUGAGUAGUACCUUGCGCGUAUUGCUAUUUUUUUCUUUAGUUUUUUACGUUUCUGUCGAGAGCUGCUGAUGCAACAGUUAACGACCUUUCACAAAAGUAAUGACGUACUUUUGACUAUUAUGCGAGCACUAUUAACUCCUCGCUUAUACCGUUUAUACUUAUCAUGUACAGAGGACAGGUACCGCAUGUAACCGUCUUAGAGAGGGAGGAUGUGUUUUCGUUUAAGCUAAAUGUAACAAACAUCUGAAGGCUUCCGUGUUUAGUCCUGCCAUAGAUAGCGCCUGUGUGCUUGUGCAUGCAGGCCCAGGCAACCACCCACCUCAGGACACUCUCUCGUAGCCUCACCAAAUGUGCCCAGCUGUACAAGAGGCCGACAGACCCAAGCGACGUAGCUGUAGUCGCCACCUUCACCGCGAGGAGCAUGUGAAUAUGAUAUGAAUGUAUAGGCUCUUUGGCUCUGUGUUAUGGGCGUUGCUUUCACCGUCGUGUUUAAUAUAGCGAAGGAAAGAAUAGGCUACCUACAUGUGUACAUAUAUAUGUUAUUUUUAUAAGAGAAGUUUAUAUAAAC